CCCAAUAUCUGGCUCACUUUACCGAUGUUCUCCUGCAGUCGUAUAAGAUAUCCGAGCUAAGCAAAUGAUGCAUCGGUGGGAAGGUGACCCUAUUACCCGCACGGCAGACAUUUUCCGGGUGACCAGACUGUCGCCAGGGCAUUAGAGACCAAUGGUGUCGGUGUUCUAAUCCUUUUACGGUCGUCCAGAGCUCCCCGGGUCUGACAGCACCUGCAACCCUUCUCGUUCACAUUGCUCUGAAAUAUACCGCACAUCAUAUAUCCUGUUGUCGAGAUGUCGCCAGCAGAGCCUGUCAACGCCGACGUAAUCAUCAUUGGCGCCGGGUUUGGAGGAUGCUACUUGCUUAAGUUGCUGCGGGACGCGGGCUUCUCGGUCAAGGUCUUCGAAGCUGGCUACGGUUUGGGCGGCAUCUGGUCAUGGAAUCGCUACCCCGGCGCGCGCGUCGAUUGUGAAACUCCCUUCUACGGCUACUCGGACCCUAAACUCUGGAGUACCUGGUUCUGGCCAGAGCGAUUUCCCGAUGACAAGACGUUAAGAGAGUACUUCAGCCAUGUCGACAGUGUCUGGAAGCUGUCAAAAGACGUCUACCUCGAGACUCGCGUCACCGCUGCGUCUUUCAUAGACGACAAGGAGCAGCCGUAUUGGGAAGUGCAGACGGCCGACGGACAACUCCAUAAGUGUACAUGGUUGGUACCCGCCACCGGCACUUCCUUCAAACAAUAUAUUCCUACGUGGAAUGGUCUCAAGUCUUACAAGGGCAUUAUCGCUCACUCAUCCCUCUGGCCUCGAGAAGGAGUUGAAAUUGAAGGCAAGCGUGUCGCAGUCAUCGGUGCUGGAAGUACUGGCGUUCAGUUCACACAAGAUGGAUCAAAGGUGGCCAAAACCUUGACUCAGUUCAUCCGCACUCCCAACACCGCUCUCCCCAUGGGCCAACGCAAAAUCAGCCGAGAAGAGAUCCUUAGUAACAGGGACAAGUACGGACAUUUGUUCAAAGCUUGCCGUGGCACGGCCUUCGGUCUGCCCACCGAGGGGUUGACGUUCGGCACAUUCGACGUCAGCGCAGAGGAGAGGGAGGCCAUUUGGAAUGAGUUGUGGGAUCGUGGAGGAUUCAACUGGUCUAUCGGCGGCUUUCCAGAUACGAUCAUCUCCAAAGAGGCGAAUCGCGCCGCUUACGACUUCUGGGUGAAGAAAACGAGGGCGAGGAUAAGGGAUCCAAAGAAGCGAGACCUGCUUGCGCCAUUGGAACCGCCCUAUUAUCUCGGGACCAAAAGACCGUCUCUUGAGCAGGACUAUUACGAGGCGAUUGACCAAGAACAUGUAGAGAUAACGAACUCGCCAAUUGUCGAGUUCACAGAAACGGGAAUCAAGACUGAGGAUGGAAAGGUCCACGAAUUCGACGUGAUCGCCGUCUGCACCGGAUACGAUGCAGUCACCGGCGGUCUCCGAACAAUGGGCAUCAAGGGACGAGGCGGCGUCGACCUAGACGAAUACUGGAAUGACGGAAUCCGUACUCAUCUGGGCAUGAUGAUACACAACUAUCCUAACCUGUACAUGAUCUACGGCCCUCAGGCGCCCGCAUCAUUCACCAACGGCCCGCCCUUCCUCGAGAUGCAAGGCGAAUGGAUUCGCGAUGUUAUCUGCAAACAGCGCGAACAGAAGAUCCCCGUCCUCGAAGCCAAAAAGGACGCCGAGACGGCUUGGGCCAAAGGCAUCAGUGAGCUUGCCAAUGGUACAUUAGCCAUCCACACCAACAGCUGGUACAUGGGUGGCAAUGUGCCGGGAAAGAAACGGGAAUUUCUGUUGUACCUUGGUGGAUUACAGGAGUGGAAUCGGGCGUGUCAGAAUGCGUUGAGCGAUUGGCAGGACUUCGAAGUCACUCGUGGAUCCGAAUCGGUAAAGCUGUAGGUUUAGAGAGAGAGGAUGCUUUGGACA